AUGGAAGUGCUAGAAAUAUUAUCAGCCGCAGAUGAAUUAUUGCUCACGAAUCUAUUGGAAGCAAUUCUAUCUGAAGAAUUAGAAGAUGAUAUUGUUAGAUGUCAUUUAAAACUUGGUAGUAAACCCAAAUUGGGCACAGAUUUACCAAGAAAUAAUUCUGUUUUAAUAACCCAUCAACAAAAGUUAAGAAUUACUCAAUGGAUUGAUAGGAAUCGAUUAGAAGAUGCAAAGAUUAGUAAUGUUAGUAAUGAUAAGUAUGCUAUCACUUUGAAUGACGAAAGUUACGGUCCUUGUUUUGGCGAUAAAGAUCUUUGGAUGCGUG